GAGAGCAGGACAGAGAGCAGCGACAGAGAGCAGCGACAGAGAGCAGGAGACCAGAUGACAACAGGCAUGCACUCUCUGCACCAUCAAACAAGAACAGGUAAUGAGGGGCCAGGGAAUCAUCCUUGGCGUCUCGCCUGUCUGUUAGGCAUGCUGUCCUGUCUGUUAGGCAUGCUGUCCUGUCUGGGCUCAGUCUCCCCCCUUCAUGUGGCUCCUGUGAUGACAGGCCUCCGCUCCGCGUUCUCGGCCACGCGGACCAACAGUGUCCUGGGCGGAGGCCAAAAGGCAGUGACCUUCAACAGGCUCCUGGUCAACAUGGGGGACGACUUCAACGCUGACACGGGCCACUUCCGCUGCCGCAUUCCCGGCGCCUACUACUUCUCCUACACUGUGGGGAAGUUCCCAAAGAAAAUGCUGUCCGUCAUUCUGGUGAAGAACGGCCAGGAGGUUCAGGCCAUUGCCUAUGACGACCACCGCCAGAAAGGAAGGAAAGUCCAGAGUCAGAGUGUGAUGAUCAGCCUGAGGACCAUGGACACUGUGUGGUUAAUGCUUCAGGGGAGCCCCCAGUAUGCCCUCUACAGCAAUGCUGGGCCCUACAUCACCUUCACUGGAUACCUGGUAUACCCCGACACCUCCACUACCAGCUAUGUCAACAACCACCUGGCCCCCCCGGGGCUGCCCCACCCUGACUGCCCUCCUCCUGGGGAACAGCGCUACAGCUGGGCUGGAGGGGAUAUCCCCGAGGAGCCUCGCUCGGCUUUCUCCGUGGCCCGGACGUCCCCGCUGCUGGGGGAGAGCAGUGGUCCACAGCAGAAGAAGGAGCCUCUGACCUUUGACGUGGAGUACAUAAACAUCGGGGGCCACUUCAACAAGACUACAGGGCGUUUCAACUGCCAGUUCCCCGGGGCCUACUACUUUGCCUUCACGGUGGGCAAGCAUCCUCACAGGGCCGUGUCGGUGAAGCUGAUGAAGGGCUAUGGGGAGGUCCAGGCCAUGGUGUUCAACGAGGACAUGUCUAGGAGGAGGGAGAUGCAGAGCCAGAGUCUGCUGCUGUCCCUGCGUCAGGGUGACAGUGUGUGGCUCUACAGCCAGCAGGAUGACCGCUAUGCCGUCUACAGCAACCAAGGACGCUACAUCACCUUCUCUGGCUUCCUGGUGUACCCAGAAGCGAAUCCCUCUGUGCCCAGUCCGGACAGAACAAACUUCUGAGGAUCCGAACAGCUACAGCACACAGGCUGGGCCCUCCUGAUCAUAGCACCAAGUAAUGGUGCUAUGAUCCCAAAACCAAAACGUUAACUAUGUAUGCCAUACAUCUCAUGUACACAUUGCUAUUGCCAAAACAUGUCCUGGAUACUGCAUGCACAG